CUCGUAUUAGGCACGCUGUUCUCUCCAAUGUAAACACCCAACUUUUAACAGCAGGAGAGAGAUAUGGAUAAGAUUCAGCAAGUAGAGAAGAAAUCUGGCGUUCCCUUAGAAGAGGCCCUGGAUACAGCAGGAAGUGGUCUUUACACAUGGUAUGUCGUAAUAACAUCAGGAAUAAUUGGUUUAGCUGCAGUGCUGAAUGUACAAGGUAUGGCCUUUGCCAUGCCAAUAGCUGGAUGUGAAUUUCAACUGUCUUACACAAUGAGAGGAAUGAUGUCUUCAAUGGGCUUCACUGGUAUGCUGGUGUCAGCUCAGAUCUUUGGGUUCUUGGCAGAUAAUUUUGGAAGAAAGCGUGUUAUGAUGUGUUGUCAGAUAACAACUAUGGUGAUCACUGUGCUGUGGAGUUUAGCACCAAACACAACAGCUUUGGGCAUUAUACUAUUUUUAAAUGGAUUCGUUUUGACUGGAACAUUUACAUCAACCUAUGUUUAUGUUGGAGAGUUUUGUCCAUCUAAAAUCAGAUCUAAAGCCCUCUUGAUUAUGACAGCUAUGAUGGCUAUGAGUAAUGUUUAUCUACCAGCUAUGGCCUGGAUAAUUUUACCAUUAGACAUAUACAUACCUAUCUAUGGGGAAUUAGUAUUUACAUCAUGGCGACUUUAUAUCUUAUUGAAAUUGAUUCCACUUUCUAUAGCUACGCUACUUUUAUCUAAAUUACCAGAAACUCCAAAGUUCCUAUAUGUUGUAGGAAAACAUGAAGAGACUUUAGAAAUAAUCAGAUGUAUGUAUGCAGUUAACCAGAAAAAAAGCAAGAAUGACUUCCCUAUAUCAAGUCUGUGUUUAAAUUCAGAUGAUGAAAUUAGAAGCAAGAUUGGAGCUGAUGGUAAUCAAUUUAUAAAAUAUUUUAAGAAAAUGAUGAGAGAUAUUGCUGAUUUGUUCACAAAACAAUACAUAUUUUUCACUCUGCUGUCCUGUUUUUUGCUCUUCAGUCUAGUUGGAUCGUGCAACACCUUAAUUAUGUGGUUCCCAGAUCAGACCAGCAGAAUAAUGAAAUACUACGAAUCCAAUGAUAUAUUUAAUGUUACACUUUGUGAUCUCAUGGAAGGAAGUAAGGCUUCGGAGAAUUCUGGCUGUAAUAUCAAUUAUGACUUCUUGUCUGCUGGAAUCCUUCUUGGAAUAGCUCAAGUGGUCACAUGCCUCAUCGUUGGCCAAUGGGCGUUAAAAAUAAACCGAAAGAUAUUAAUAUCUGUCAGUUCAUUCUUGGCUGCAGGAGUAUGCUUUCUAAGCCUCUUUUUGACAUCACACUAUCUCAUUAUAUUAUGUCUUGCUACUAUGACUGUUCUUCUAUUCACGAUGUUUCCUGUAAUCACUAGCAUUGUACUUGAACUAUUUCCUACACAAUUAAGGUCUAAUGCUGCUUCACUAACGAUGACAUUUGCAAGGUUAGGAUCUACAAUGGGUGGUCAAUUGUUGGGUAUUCUAUUUGAAAACCAUUGCAGAACAGGAUAUUUUGGAAUGAUAUCUGUAAUUACAGCGGCAGGAUUCCUAUGUAUGUUGAUACCAACUGGACAAAAGAAGAACCAAAAAGUGUAAAUUCUCACUGAAGUUAGUCCAAGAAGACUUAAAAGUACCUUUUGUAUGUUUUUAAUAAACUUUUUUUAAAUAUUUCUA